AUGACUCUUAUCCGACGUUUAACUCAUCAUUAUGUUGAAAUUCAAAAAAAUCCACCACCAUUAUGUUAUGCAGAACCAAAAGAUCCAAGUAAAGAUAUGAUUCAUUGGAUUGGAUGGAUUGAAGGAGCAGAAGAAACUCCAUAUACGGGUGGAAAAUUUCAUUUGUCAAUUGAUUUUCCUUCCGAUUUUCCAUUUAAACCACCACGUAUUAAAUUUGUAACACCAAUUUAUCAUCCAAAUAUUAGUACAAAAGGUAUUAUUUGUUUGGAUAUUCUUCAUUCACAAUGGUCUGCAGCAUUAACUGUUCGUACUCUUCUUAUAUCAUUAUCUUCAUUACUCAAUGAUCCUAAUCCUGAUCAUGGACUUAACAAUGAUGCUCUUCAACUCUACAGAACAAAUAAAGAAAAAUAUAAAGAAAUAGCCAAACAAUGGACAAUUAUGCAUGCUAUGAAUAAUAAAUAA